UAUAUCUCUCUUUCUUGUUUGCAUCAUUUAUCAUAUCUUUCUUUAGCAAGAUAAUUAAUUAAGAGCAAAUUAAAAUGUGCGGAGGAGCAGUGAUCUCUGACUUUGAUCCUAUAGCGAAGAAACGAAACUGCAGGAAGCUGACUACUGCUGAUGAUCUAUGGACCGACUUGGAUCUUUUCAACUACGACAGCUGGGAAGAUAUGAAGCCACCAUCAUCUCUACUCCAAAACACCACCGGCAACUACUUUUCCAGUCCAAAGUCUAAACAAGCUGCUGCUGCUGCAGGUAACAAGAAUGAUCAUGAGGCUCACAAACUGAUUGAGAAGAAGAGUAGUACUAAAACCCGAAAAAACAUCUACAGAGGGAUCCGCAGGCGACCAUGGGGGAAAUGGGCUGCAGAAAUCAGAGACCCACAACAAGGCGUUCGUUUAUGGCUAGGAACAUACAGCACGGCUGAAGAAGCCGCUAAAGCCUAUGACGAAGCAGCCACACGAAUCCGAGGCAAAAAGGCCAAGCUCAACUUCCCGCCUGUCCCUACUACAACUAAUUCACCCCCGGCCGCUAAUAAGAAGUUGUGCGUCAAGAACACCGAAUCCAACCCGUCGUCACCAACACCGCCUGCAUUAAUGGACCAACAGUCGCCACUACUAGCUACUGAUCAUGUGAUGGAUGAUUAUGGUGGUCUUGACACCAGCACAAUAUUAAUAGCAGAUGUCGAUCGGUUUGAUGAGUUCAAGGAACAGAUAUCGGACUUGGAGACAUUUUUGGGGCUUGAGCAUGAGUCGAUUCACUUUGAUGGGCUUGAGUGCGAGUCUAUUGAUCUUUGGGCGUUGGAUGACUUCCCGCUUAAUUAACAAUUAAUUAAGCUCUAACAUUUAUAUAUAUAUGAUUGGCAAUAAUGCAUGGGCGAAUUCAUAUAAUGAGUUUGGUCUAUACUAUAGUCUACUACUGUAUUAUUUAUGUAGCUAUAGCUAGGCAUAUAUAUAUACCCAUGUCGAAAUAUAUGAUAUAUAUUUUUCGUCAAAUAUAUAUUUUGUACGUAGGAGUUGUGCAUGGACGAUGUAUGUAGCUAGUAUUAAUUAUUGGUCGUGUGCUUCAUAAUAAGUGAAUUAACGUCGUUGUAUGCUUUUUCAUAGAAAAGUUCUGAUAUAUGCAUGAUUAUUGUAUCUGCAUUUUUGUUA